AAUUGCCCCAACGCUGCUGCAAAGAUUGACCAUUUCCAGAAUGCUCAGAAAGAAAAGACUGGCCAGAAUGUCAGCCGACAACAGCAGCAGAAUGCAAAUACACCCAACCAGGGAGCGGCUCCCCGAAUG